AUGCCAGUAGCCCUCCCCGCGUUUGCACACAAAACCCCCGAUUUCCGCAGUGAUCUGACACAGAUCUCGACGCAGCGAGAUAACGCCGCUUCGGCGACGGGAUCCGAGAACGACGAUGAUGAAUGGAGCCAGCGAAAUCAGGUCAACCGAAGCGACGAGAGGCCUUUUUUGUCGCGGCGAAGACCAUUUUUCGAUCGGGACGGAUGA